GAACGUCCAUGGAUUGCUUUUAGCGUCUGUGUUGUUCUUCGCAUAUUCCUGAUUUUGCAUCAUCUGUUCACGGUAAAUUCUCUUGCUCAUUAUUUUGGUUACCGGCCUUAUGAUUUUCGAAUAAGACCGGCUGAUCAUCGUAUUGUUAAUUAUAUUUCAUUUGGUGAAGGUAUACAUAAUUAUCAUCAUGUAUUUCCAUUUGAUUAUCGAAUUAAUGAUCGACCACAAUGGGAAUUAUUUAAUCCGCCCAUAAAUUUCAUACAUCUUUGUUCACGAAUUGGUUUGGCAUAUGAUUUGAGAAUUGCUUCACCCGAAGUAGUCAAAGAAACUGUUGCACGUAAAGGUGAUCGAGCAUUAUAUGAUCCUAUUCGUAGUUUAAAAUUUCGUAUUGUAAAUGCCAUAUUCGAUUGGAUAAUCGGAAUAAUAACAGCAUUAUGGAUUAUUUAUCCGGCAUUAUUUUUUAAAUUAGCCACACAACCUAUUAUCUAUAUUUGAUUUCAAUGAAUAAAAAUUUCAAUUUGAUUUU